GUGGCUUACUGGGGCCACACACCAGGAAAUCGUAAUUCUAGCAUUCUGGAUCUUUGCAAAGAGCCUGAGCUCGAUGUCGUGAUAGCUGGGUGGAUAGUUGACUUCUCCCUUCCCGGCGGCUUCCCGCGAUUCGACUUCGGAGCAGGGUGCAUGAACAUGACGCCUGGCAAGGCGGCAAUGAAUUCCAGCUGUGGAUACCGGUCGAAGGAAAUGUCAUCAUGUCAAGGUCUGGGCAAGAAAGUUUUCAUCGGGAUCGGAGGUGCAUCAUCGUCGAUCACGUUCACAAGCCGUCAAGAUGCCGCGGAUGCAGCCGAUAAGUUGUGGUCACUUUUCGGUAAUACCACAUCACCCCAAGUCUACCAGCCGUUUCCAGACGUAUCAGUAGAUGGCUUCGAUCUAGAUCAUGAAAACGGUUCGCCUGACUACUUCGAUGUGUUCGCACAAUCUCUUCGCCAAGCUUUUACUCGCAACCAGAGUCAAAUCAGCCUUUCCACAUGCGUAUCCUGCGCUUUCACGGAUCCAGUGCCUGAGGGUUUGUAUCAAGAGGUUGAUUUUGUGUCAGUAAGAUUCUACAACGCCAAAUCUUGUAAC